CAGGAUCUCAGGGCCUGGGGACCCACGCUGAGCGAAGGCGCGCCGUCGUACUCCUGGGCCUCCUGUGAUUGCUCCGAGCGCCUGGGCUCGAGCUUUGCGGGUGCCGCUCGCCACGGGCGAGAACAGACUGAGGCGGGCAUCGACCACGAUGGCUCGAUCCAUCCGGAAGAAGCUGGAGGCACGGCCCCAGUGGCGACCCAAGGGAGGCGGCACGAAGCGCGGCCCGAGGGAUGGCCCGCACACGCAGGCGGAGGCAGCCGCGACGUCCGGGCACCUGCUCGGGCCGCCGGCGGGGAUCCGGAGCAAGCUCGAGGAGGAGCGGGGCCAGGCGGUGGAGCCGAGAGGCUGGCCCGCUGCCGACGUCGGGCGGCAGGUGCACCUCGACGCGUGCUGCUCCGCGGCACCGCCCUCCGGCCUGCCGCACACGCCCGGCGGCACGAGCACGGGCGGCAUGCCGCCCCGGCGUGCCCCGCCGCAGGCCUCUGGCGCCGACAUCCACGAGCCGCGCAGGCCCCCGUCGCCGUGUGCACCGGGGGGCCAGUCGGGCAACGAGACCCGGGCGGGCUCCGAGUCCUCGCGCGCCAGCGGCCUGCUCCGCGGGGCUGCGCCCACGGGCGCACGGCCCUGCGGGAGAGCGGGGGUCGGCCCCGACCGGGGGCGUGGGCACCAGAGAGUGGCAGCGCAGGAGCGGCAGGUGCCGAUGCAGGAGUUCGCCAUCAUCCUAGACAAGAGGUUUGGCGAUGUUCUCGGUGUCAAGGUGGACACGGAAGGCGGCGACGACGCAUCUCUGUGCAUCGAGCACAUCAUGAAGUCAGGGCUGCUUCCGCUCUGGAAUGCGAACAACCCGCAGAAGCCCGUCAAGAUUGGAGAUCGCAUCAUCGAUGUAAAUGGCCAGAGGGGUUCGGCGGCGAACCUCAUCGCGCAACUGCAGCAAUUCCAGCUCCAGCAGAUCAUCAUUGGCCGAAAGGCUCAGCUCGACACGCAGCAGGCGCGAGCCCUGAGGGGGCCGGUGGCCGCUGUCGCCAUCGCCCCGGCGGCGCACGAACCCUCGGCCCGCCUGAGUGCGGAUCGCACGUGGGGGCCACUCGACGGCAGAUGGUUCGACAGUUGCGGCGAGGUUGGAACCAUCGCAGGAUCGAUUAUACACUGGGCACAUCGAGCCGACGACAGCGACGGAACCACGGAGUUGACCCUCACAGGCGUCACCGUCCAUAUGAAUUACCUCGGGCAGAUGCUAUGCGGGGUCCUACAAGGCGAACAGUUCGGAUUUGGUCAAAAAGCGACGUGUGGUGGAGGCACGUCCGCGACGCCUCGGAGGAGUGAUCCCCGCGCGCUCCUGCAGCUCUACGGCGUAGCACCUCGCUGAUCGCCUCCAGUUUUGUUCGCGGCGAGGGGGGGAAUACUAAGGCAGGCGAGGGGGCGGCGGCAGGUCUUCGCUCCGACGUCCAGUCGCGCUGCUCGCUGCUCCUUCUCCUCGUCAGCGCCGGCCUCGUGCUCCUGGUCCUCCCUCGCCGACUGUUCCCCGUCCGCCACCAGCUGGGGACAGCAUGUCAACCGCAGGCUCACUGACUCGAGGCAGCACUUCUACGUCGGUUGGCGAAUGCAGGCUAGUUCUCUUGCGAAUGGUAUGAAGGUCGCCUGUUCGCGCCCUGCCUUGUCCCUAACGUGGGUAUCUCGGCAGAUUGUCCUUUUCAUGCCUUCCUGUGGGAAGAUUGUUGUUGCAUGAGUGUCUGCGUCGCCUACCAGGAGCUCGACUGCUCCUGACACACGGACGCUGAAGUCCCCCAUUCGAGUUCCAGCUGAAGCCCUGAAGUUGAGGAGCGUUGUGAUGAGUUCAUCUGCGCUCAACGGUAUCGCUUGGAAUUCAAAUGCCGUCGCGAACCCAUUAUAAGUUAUGUAUAUGUUCAUCUCGUUAUUGCGUUCUCUCUCUCAUUCCCUCUCUCCCUCUUCCCCUUUUCUCUCUCUCUCUCUCUCUGUAAGAUAGGUCGAUCGACAUGUCGAUAUCCGCUGUUCGCCGAGGGCAGCACAAGCUUCUCAUGGUUGGAGGAGGGGGCCACGCAACACUUACAGGCCCACGCCUCUCGGCUUACUUCUUGGUUGGCUCUUGGCACUGCGGGCCCAGCGCUGCCCACCGACGCAAGGGGUAGACCCGCAAGUCCAGUGUUGCAGCCCUGGCACGGGUGGUGCAGCUCUGCAACGCGCGGCUCGAAUGUUUCAAUGGGUCAUGCCGCUAGGGCCACGCGUUCCUCUUCCCUCCACUCCCACGUUCCUCUUCUCCCCGAGCCCCCCUCUUCCCUCCAGCUCUGCUCACCACUCGCCCAGAACCCAGGCUCCCAUGCACGUCUCCAGUGCCCAGUGCCCCAGCCAGCGCGCGGCACGAGCUGCCAAAACAACAAGGUCGUCCUCGUCUUCUGGCUGGGGUGUCCUCCUGUGCUGCAGUGCGCGUCCAAGUCCCAGGGGCAGGGAGCCUUACGAUCAGGAGCGUUUGCACAUAGCCACCCUGCUUUGUUACAGGCAGAGUGGAGCUGAAAGAUAGCGAUCGCAGGUCGUUCCUAGGGCAGCUCAGCUUUGGAUGGCUGCUUUUUGAAGGGUGGCAGC